AUGAAUCGAUUCAGAACCCGCAAGAAGGCCAAGGAAGCUCAAAAUGGGCAGGACGAAAAAGAGGGCCAACCGCUGCCGCUAUUUACAUCCAAAACGUUCAAACGGGCGAAGAAACCGCAAGCAGAGACGACAACAGAGCUAGACCUUUCUUCAGUCCUCCCAUCGUCGGACGAUUUCAGAACAAGUUUACUUAUGCCAAAUCUCUCUGCGCGAUUUAGCAUGUUACGAGAGCAGGACGAUCCGAAUUCUAAAAUUGGGAAGGCCAAUGAUGACAGCGUACUCUUUCCAAAGAGAGCGUCGAGACUGAAUGUCUUUGGCCAACUUAAUAACCCGCUCGGCGACAUCGCAGAAGUAUCCUCGCUUCAUGGAAGUUCAGCUAGGCCAUCUUUUGCGAUUGGCCGUGGUUCAUACGCCUCUGGGGAGGGCUACGCUACUGAUGAUGGCGACUUUUCUCCUGGCGGUAGCAUUAUGAGCAGAUCCCGGCCCGGUGAAGGGAACAAUUUGUUUGGUGGGCGACAAAAAGUUUAUAAAAUACCGGUUGCGUCGACGACGCCAAGAAGUGGGUCGGCUUCAGAAGCUUCAGGGGCCGGCGGUGGGAUGGGGGGUAAAGCGGUGUAUGAGAAUGAUGUUACGUUAUCUGCCUUCCAAAAGCUGAGGGCCAAAGAGAAAGAACAACAGUUGGAACUUGAGUUGGAUAUCCAGCAGAUUAGACAUGAUACGGAAGAUGAGGGUUCCCUGGCUUCUCGGCCAUCUGUCAAUCGUACUUCAACCUCGAAUACUUCAGUUGAUUCUGGUCAGCGCAACUCGGGACAGGGGACAAAUUCUCCAGUCAUUUCUAAGUCAGUGUCAGUAUUUUCUCCCACAAAACCCAGUCCCACGUCAACUGGAAUGGAGCGCAAUCCUACGAAGACUCGACGGUACGGCCAAGGUAUUGAAAUCAACACCCAACAAUCCUCCGCCAUUUCGAGACUCGAAAACCUUAGCCGCCAGCGAGCUGGUGCUAAUGACAUUUCGCCAAUAAAUCGAUCUGUGUCAAGGAGCUCAGCUAGUUUAAAUGACAAAUUCCAACAUCGCUCUCCAGUAUAUGCUUCUGCAGGUUUCCGCCCUACAAGCCCCCCUCCAUCUGCUUCAACCGUGAUUGGGGAAGCAGUUGAUAGCUCAAAUAAGGGCGAACCGGAGAAACCUACUGGAAACCUGGGUUUUGGCGCCUCGCCACCACUGAGCCCUCCCGUGAGUGAAUCUGAGGAACAAAGAUCAUUGGAGGCCGCACUCCAACCAGAGGAUCGUGGGAAAGCUACGGCUAUGGGCCUUUUCAAUAAACCAGCCACACAAUAUGACGACAACAAAUUUACGCAACGGCAGCUUCAGAUGUACGAGGGUAGAGAUACUCCUUUGCGACGCCGUACUCCAUCACCCGCUGCCCCUGAUAUGGAAUACCCUGCACGUUCGCGCGAAGUUUCCAAUUCAACACAUCGACCGAAGGUAGAUACUUUAGUAUCACAGUACAAUAAUCCCCCAGACGAGCCUCGGCACAGCCGAGAAAGGUCUACUGCAAACAGCAGUCGUAGACCAUCGCCAUCGCCUUCUAAACUAAAUAACCGAAGCUUUUUGAGCGGAGAUAGCGGAGAUAACGGAAGCGAAGAUGAACGAGAACCGGCGUUGAAUACCAUGCUUUCAGCGGUUCAGUCACUCGAAAAUAUCCAUCCCGCCUUCAGAUCUAGGAGCAACUCUGGAGACUCCUCGCGGAGCUCUCUCAACAAAGGCUCUCACACUGGCACUCCCGAAUUACGAUAUUCAGAAACCCAUGAUCUCAAUACUAUAGAGGAGAAUGAAGGUUCUGAGGAGAUUGUUGGUGAGGCCCCCGAUUCACCAACACUUGGGCCCUCUGGGUUAGGUUUAAGUGGUCUAGUUCGUACACAUCUCCGACAAGACAGCGACAAUUCGAUCUACCAGCCGCCUUCGCUGGAGGUCUCCAAAAUCAAAGAUAUUGCACGAGAGCUCAGUCCUGCUGUUAAAGCUGCUAGAGACUCCGACCACGCUACCAGCGUUCACAGUAAUCCCUGGGAGUACGAUGACCUAUAUAAGCCUAUCAGUCCGGCAUCAGACAAGGAACCCACGGUGCAGGCAGGGCAAGCUGACUUCUCCUCUAUGUCAAUGAGAGCGAAGCAAAUCCUAGGGCAGGCGACAGCUUUACGUACGCAGUCGCAGGCACAAGCACCGUCGCCGGCCAACCCCCAGGAUAUAUCAGGUAUCCCACCCUACAACGAAAUGCGCGAUCAGUCACCUAGGGACCCGAUAACUCGAACUGCGCCGUGGCAAGAGGAACGCAAGCCAGGCCAUCAAAGGUGCGGGAGCUCAGAAACGCAGAAUGAGCGUGAAGAGCUUGCGAAUGAGUUAGCUGAACGACGAAGAAAGGUGCGAGAGAAACUACGAAGCGUCGCAGAGAGCGAAAGCCGAUCGAGCAGUCCAUCUUCUGGCUAUCGUUUCCCAGAUUACGCAUCAAAACACGGUAACGCCUUCGCGAUGCUGAAGAACAAAGCUGGCAGAAACCCCAUGCCCGGUCGUACUGAUGCACCCCAGUCAAAAGCGAUGAAAAUGCUUGGCAUGGACAAUUCUCUCAACUCAUCGUCACCAAUGCUUGCCACGAACGACCCGUGGCUUGAGGAUGAGGAGAGGACCUUCCGUAACCGUGGGAGAGAAUCUCGUUCAGGAUCACCCCAUUUUGGACCUCGGAAUCACAAUCGGCCUUGGCAGCCCCAAGCAAGCACGAUGGGAAGGGGGAACAUACUAUCGGACACUCCGAAGUUCAAGGUGAGGAAUCUAAGCCCUCCAAGGCUUCAGUACCUGUUUCCUUUCCCUCCCGGCCAUCAGAGGAGGUCAGCGACCCUAGGUCUUCUGAGCGAUCUGCAUCUGUGGCCUCUGGGCUACUACGAGCCUAACCCUCCUCUCCCUACUCAAACCCAUCAACCCGAUUUCACUGGGAAUGCCCCACGUCCCUCUCCGAUGACUCCAUAUUCCGCCAAUGCAACACCACCUCUUUACGAAACUUCCCCUGUACACCCUUCCAACCAGACUCCCAUUCUCCUGCCCCCCAUGAACAUCAGUAGCCAACGGAAUCAAGGCAUUGGCAGCUCACAUAAACGAGUGAUAGACAAAUCUAAGAUAUCCGAACCAACAUUUGUCUCCUCAACAUCCAACGUGCCCACAGUUGGUCUCCCGCCAGGAGCCAGUCUCUCCAACGGAUCAACCCCGCCAAUACCACCCAUGAACCCACGACGUAGACGGCAAACAACAACGCAAACGUUCAUAAAUGCGUUUAAGGGCUCCGACAGACACGACCAACCAGCCAUACCCCCUUCAAAUCCCACAAGCCCAAUGGAUGAACAAAAGCAUCAUAAUUUUCAUCAUCACAAUCAUCAAAGCGUAUUUUCUGAUGAGGAGAAAAGGCCACGGCCGCGGCAAAAAUUACGGAAAAUAUCAAGCGAAGGUGGAAACUUAAAUGCCAAGGCCCGGCAGCAACUUUUGAAUAAUAGCUCACCGGCUUUACCGCAAGUCCCGAAGAAGGUCCCCAUGGAAGGUGGCAUGUUUUGA